CCGCGGCUGCCCGCGCGGUCCACGCAUGCGGCUGCCGCCCCCGCGGACGCGGCGCGGGUGCCUCUUCUGCCUGUGCGCCGCCGCUCCGCUCGGAGGCGGGCGCGGCGUCCUCGAGGGCGCCUGCGGCGAGGGGUGGCAGCUCGAGGCCGUGGCCCGCGAGUACGAGGCCGUCGCGGCGAGGCCCCGCGGCGCCGACGCGCCCGCCGCCGCCCCGAGCGCCCGUGGGCGGGGGCUGCGGGAGCGGCAGGGCGCGCCGAUCUCCGUCGAGGUGUUCUUCCUGGCGACGUGCCCGCACUGCUACCACUUCGUCCACAACAGCCUGCUUCCCUUCCUCGACGCCGGGCUGCCCGGGGACGGGGUGGUGGUAACUCUGCUGCCGCUGCUGAAGGGCAUGUCGAGCUCCGACAGCUGCAGGAUCACGGACGCAUGCUCGCUGUCGCUGGCCCCGCUGUGCGCCCUGAAGGAGGCGCUCCCGAUGCCCGCCCCAGCGGACUCCGAGGCGCUGCGGAGGGGCGCUGGUUUCGUGGAGUGCGACCUAGGGCUCACGGCGAUGGUGUUGCUCGGCCGUGACGAGGAUGCCACCGAGACCUGCAGCAAGCAGGCCGGCAUCCCGUGGUCUGGCGAGGACGGGCUGCAGGCGUGCUUCGAGGGCCGCGAGGCGUUCGACAUUAUGUACAGCACGGACUACGCCGACAGCGUCGUCGCGGCCAUGCACCGCCUCACCGACGCGAAGUUCACCGAGCCGCCGAGCAUGCCGUGGGUAUUUAUCGACGGCCAGCUGUUCACCUGCGAGGAGUCGGGCUCCUGUUCGUCGGCCCCCGGGUUCCAGAAGAGCGGCGAGCGGGGCCAGGGGUCUGGCACCCUGCUGGAGCUCGUGCGCGGCAUGAUCGGCGACGGCCGCGGCCAGGAGCAGCGCGCCAAGGUGAAGAAGCCUCCGAAGGUAGAUUAAACUGCGGCGCGCAGCGCGCAGCGGCCACGUGCACGCCGGCAGGAGGGCGGCCGCCGACGGGGAGUGCAGGGCGGCCCCCCUCUGCCGAGCGGGGCCGUAGCUAGGUGGGGAACAGCUUUCUCCAGCGCAAGUACCG